CCCCCUUAGCCUGGCAGGGCGGGGCUCCCCCUCUCCCCGCCCACCCCAGACCCCGCUGCCGGUACCGGGCGACGCCGCCGGAGGAGACCCCCGCCAUGGACUCGGACUCCUGCGCUUCCCCGCCGCCCCCCGAAGAUUUUGCUCCGGGCUCCAAGCGCUGCCGGACGGUGGAAGAUUUCAACAACUUUUGCACCUUUGUCCUGGCCUACGCGGGGUACAUCCCAUACCCGCACGAGGAUACAUCCGGUUGGAGCAGCGCCAGUUCCCCCAACAGUACCCGGGAGGCCAUUGACAGCGAUGGAGGGGACCCCCCUUUGGGACACCUCUCAAAAGCCCGGAAGAGCUUCAGCCAACUCAAACAUGGCAAGGCUUACUCCUCGCUCUAUCAGUGGACAAAGCCCAACGGAUUUUUGGUGGACCGGAAUAAAAUGGAGAAGUUCCGGAAGAAACGGCGGCUUGUGAGGAAGGAUGCGGUGCUGCCGGACGUCAAAUAUCCCGAAGAAGACGAAGAAGAGGAAGGUCUGCGGGAGAGAGAAGGAGAAGAGCCGUACGCCGAGACCCCGCUCAGCCCGUCCUCCGAAGGGGAUGCCCAGUCUUCCACAGGCCGCGGCUCGGCCUGGGAUUCGGACACUCCGUCGAAUCCCCCCUACCCAGCCGCCGCGCCGGAGGAGCAGAGUCUCGUCCAAACGGUGGGCAAGAGGACCAUCAUACGGCAAGGGAAACAGGUGGUCUUCCGGGACGAGGACGGCAGCGGAGACGAUGAGGACAUCAUGGUAGAUUCAGAUGACGACUCGUGGGAUCUGGUCACCUGCUUCUGCAUGAAACCUUUCGCCGGGCGGCCCAUGAUCGAAUGCAAAGAAUGCCACACCUGGAUCCACCUGUCCUGUGCCAAAAUCCGCAAAUCCAACGUUCCCGAGGUUUACGUCUGCCAGAAAUGCCGGGAUUCCAAAUUCGACAUCCGACGGUCCAGUCGGUCCCGGAUGGGUUCCCGCCGGCACUUCCUGGAGUAAACCAGCUGGAGAGCUGGUGGUGCCAAACCUCGAAAAUUGGGUGUUUUGGGAGUCGGUAGGGCCGGGGGGGGUGGGUGGAGAAGCGAGCGAGCGAGACCCCAGGCCCGCCGAUCUUCCGAAUCGCCGGAUUUCCCGCUGGAGUCAGAACUGAUCCCCGGCUGCAAAAGUUGGGGCGAAGGGGGGGAGGGACUGGGAGGGUCUUCCCGGUUUCCUUGUCUUUGGAGCACCAAGGGAAAUAACUGGGAGCUGACCAGUCACCCCAUUCGCGGAGGGAUUGAGGUGCAAAAACAGCGAAAGGAUCUCUAAAGGAGAUGAGAGGGAGGGGAAAAAAAAAAAAUCUCUCGCUUUUCUAAAGCACAGAUUUGGAGAUCCGGACGGUUUGUAGAAUUUGAGACUCUUUCCCCGCAGAGGUUUAGUCCAAAGAUUUGGGAAGCCCCUCAAUCCCCCGAGCUGAGCUUGGAAGGACAAGAAUGAUGAAAAAAAAAAAAAAGAUAUUAUUUGGACCGCAGGUGCAUUGGGAAACCUUCCCAUCUAACUGAUCCUCUCCAGCCGAGCGCCGAGAUUCAGCCGAUUUCGGACUUCAAGGCUGAAAAAAGAAGGGGAAUUGGGAGGAAGAUCAUUUUUUUCCCACUGGUGCUUCGAGAGCGAGCCGAGGGUCCGGAAAGCUGGACAGCCCAGCGGGAUGAGGGCGAGGAGGGGCUAGGGAGGGGUUGGACCUCGGCCGUCGGUGCUGCCUAUGGACUUUCAGAGACUGCCUUUGUCUCCUCCGAUGGGGGCGGGGGGCGGAGAAAGCGUGGGGGAGACCCCCCCCCCUCCCCGUAAUCUUUGAUCAAUUAAGUAUGACAUUCCUGAUCCGUUUCUAGUGUUGUGGUGUGAAGCCUUUGGCCACGUCCCAAAAGUCUGUACGGAGAAGGGUGGAUUCCUGGAUCCUGCGAGAUCCACUCGGGUCCCUCUCUUAAAUGUGGGAACCAUCCAGCCAUCCCUACUGUGCCUGGUGGAGAUUUCCGGUUUCUUUUGGGACUUUACAGCCAGGACUGAUUUUCCGUUCCUUUUCUUCUUUGGUUAUCCACGUCGGGCGGGCGGGCGGGGGGACGGGGACGGGGGUCCCUAUAGCCAAAACCGCUGGGUCUUCGGCCCCCGAAGCAGCUGCGUAUCAAGGGGUUUUGUCUGUGUACAAUCUCAGUUCAAGAGCUUUAAUUUUUUAAAACGAACAAUUAAAAUUAUUUGUUUUAUGGAA